CUCGUGAUGGCGACGAGCUCUCCUCGUCCGUUUGUGUCCCUAAGGGGGGGCUCUGCGCGCACCAUAACCAUGUCGUCACCUCGUCAGCGGAGCGGCAUUGCGCGCGCCGCAACUGCGCACUUCUCAGCCGAUCUCGCACGCACGAAAACAAUCAACGAUACGCUUCCCCCAUCGCAGCAGCCCCCCGAUCAACGUAUCCCUCGAGCGUCGUUGUCACUCCGAACACACUUGGCCAAGCCCAAAGUGUCGGGAAAGCAACUGCAGCAACUUUUAUUGUGGCUCAACAGCCUCAAAGCGUGGCCAGAAGAAAUCACGUUGGAGCGGUUUCCUUCUCAAAUGCAAAAUGGCGUGCUGCUCUGCCACGUGCUGCAUGUACUUGUUCCAGACUUUAGCCUCGGCAAAGUCAAUCCUAAAGCCAAGUCCCUUCGAGCGGCCCAGCUCAAUCUCGAAGCCAUGUUGCAAUGCCUGAGCCGCUUUCCCAUGUGCACGCGCAACGUUCCUACCGCUGAAGCUAUGUGGUCUGGCGACCGAGGGGCGUUGGCUGUGUUUGUGCUCGAGCUGUUCCAUAAAGUCGCCGUCAGGCGCAUCCCUAUCCAAGCCGUGCGAGUGUGGUCUCAACGGAUCCUGCAGCAAUACGGCCACGCUUGCGACGAGUCGAUGUCAUGGGAUGUUUUGGAAACGGCCACCAACGAUAACGAUGCUCCUGGUCUGUGGGAUGCUUUUCGAAACGGCAUACGCAUGUGGUGCCUCUUGCAUUAUUACGGCUACGACAACUCCCCAGCAAGGCAUCGGCUGUUUCAGUCGUGCCGGAUGCAUACCCGUCCGACGGAGCGAGACGAACGUCAAUUGAACGUUGCGAUUGUGUGCUCGGUGCUCCAACAUUUUGGCAUUCCAUUGGUGUGGGACCCCGUCGGCCUCGUGACGCACAAGAGCCACCCGUUUGUGUUAGCGCAACUGCACCACCUCUAUGAAUGGUUGGGACCACACAUGCACACCCCACGCAUUGACUGUUGUUAGUUUGCACGACAAAGUGACGCCGUUAACGUUCGACACUAACCAACCCAUCCACCUGGCUCAAGGCGCCUGCAAUGCGGUGACAGUGCUCGGUUCGUACAUGCUUCCACCAAAUGUCCAACGGAGUAUUAUUGGGUAGGGCUACGCUUUGCAGACACGUUAGAGUGUGGAGCUACUGUUCGCGAUGAAGAGAUUGGGUGCUCGCAAGAAGAACAGCUACGUCGUCGUCCGUCGAUUUCUUCCACCAUUCGACAUUCAGCAGAAGAGCAAGGAUCACGUGCGAAUGACGUGGAGAUGAGAUUGUCUGCGACGACGGACGGCUUUCAAUGGGACGAGUACUUGCGAGUGAAACGGAGUAUUGCCAGCGAGGAAAUGAACCGCAUGACGGCGGAAGAAUCGUGGGGGAUCAUAAUCUCGUCAACAACGAAUCGAGGCUGACGACAGAGCUAUAUGUGUAAUUGUUUAUGCCGACGACGACGCAGGGUUCUUGCCCGUGGCGCUCAGAAACGCUCGCUUAAUGAGGGGAGUGGUGGCAAUGCACAGCGGCAAGCGGACGGCUUCGAGGAUUUCGUUCAUCAAGACAGCGAUGGCAAUGUUGCCGUAGGUCGGGUUCAGCUUUUCUAUGUCGAUGUACUGAUCCAGGCCAAGCGAUUGAAUCAAAUGGAUGGCGUCGCCGCCGCCAAUGUACCCAGCUUCGAGCGCGUAAUAGAUACCAACGCCGCUGCUUCCGUAGAGGGUAACCCACCACAAGACGAAUGGCAAUCCAUUCUCCUGCACCAUCGCGACGAAACCCUUCUUCUUCGCCUGCGCCUUCAACUUCUCAAUUUCAGCCUUUAGCUUGGUGUUCUCGGCUUCCAAAUCCGUUUCCCGCUGAGAUGACGUCGUGGAGAACGCCUUCGAAUGCGGAAUCGCGAACGGCAUCACACGAGUGUGGUGCGAACCGGAGCGGACUUGGGGGAAGGUGAGCUUCAGAGCUGACCCCCCAUACUUGCUUGAUCGCACUGCCGCUUGACGGAUGAGCGACGACAACAUGGUCAAUCGAUGACACACAGAAUGACGAUUUCG